AUGGAUGAAAUAAAACUAUCGGAUGCUGAUCAAAAGCCGACCACCAGCGCAGAAAACGAGAUUCUGACUGAAGAAGCGAGCACCGAGCAGAGCUUGGACUUGACAAAGGCUCCGAUUCACAACUUGACACCAGAAGAGCAAAUCCCGGAGAAACCGCCAAGAAAACACCGAAUCACCGCAAAAGAAGAGAAAUCAACGAAAAUUGGCACUACAGGUUUCUCGUCGAGUGAUUUCCACUUUGUGCCAAAGCAGCUGAAGCAAGGAAUGAAAAUGAAUGGAUGCACGAUGAGGUACUUAAUUCUGACGCUAAGCGUGCUCGCACUUUCAUCCAUCAUGGCCAACAUUGUUUGCUUCAAUUUCACCGUUCUCUGCAUGCCGGCCACCGAUGAGCCGUGGAAUGCAAAUCAUACCUACACAGGCUAUUCGAAAGACGAGAAAACGUGGCUUUUCUCGUCGGUGGCGGUGGGGGCGCUGUUCGCCGUUGUGCCGGUCUCGUUGUCGAUCACGAGAUUCGGCACUAGAAAGGUGUUCUUCUUCGCCGGCGUUCUCUCAGCGUUGGCGACUCUCUUCACUCCGCUCGCCGCUCGAUCUCACAUCGUUUUCUUCGUCGCCAUGCGAUUUUUAUUGGGUAUCUCCUUUUCCGCUUGUAUGCCCACUGUCGGCGCAAUCACUUCCACGUGGUCUCCUCUUGCUCAAUCCGGGCUCUUCAUGAGCGCUCUCACCGCUUUCGGACAACUCUCCGCCGUUUUCAGUAUGCCAGUCUCCGGGCAUUUGUGUGCCUCGACGCUCGGCUGGUGCUCGGUGUUCUAUUUGCACGGUGCGCUCGGGUUGCUCAUUUUCACUAUGUGGUUUCUAUUGUAUCGCGAUGAUCCAGAGGACCUCUCGCUGAUGUCGAAAAGGGAGAUCGCCGAGAUUCAGUCUGGAAAAGACUAUAAGCAAGAGGAGAAGAAGGAAGACUUGUCCUUUAAUGCUCAAUCUGGAAGUCACAUCAGCGGGAAAAGCAGUGAAAAGCACGGGAAAGUGCCGUAUUUGGAAAUUGCUUCCACGCCGUCAGUGUGGGGAGUGUGGGCGGGAGCGCUCGGGGAUCUCAUCGCUGUCCAGCUCAUUCACACAUUUUCUCCAUUCUAUAUCAAGACGGUUUUGGAGUACUCGAUGGAGAAGACUGGAUGGACCUCAGCUCUGCCGGUUCUAUUUCAAUUUUUGGUUAAAGUGAUCGCCGGCCACAGCUCUGACCGCAUUCAUGGCUUCUCGGAAACAACGAAAUUGCGAGUGUUCAACUCGGUGGCACUCGGCGUUAGCGCUGUCUUCAUGACGGCUUUAGCAUUCUUGCCCAAAGGCCACUCAAUGCUCGGGAUCACUCUCCUCACCCUAACCACAGCGAUGUUCGGUUUCAAUGGCGGCGGCUUUAACAAAUGCGCUGCUUUGGUCUCUCGUCAAUACAGCCAUUUUGUGCUUGCAAACAUUCAAUUCUUAUGGUGCCUAGCGAUGUUGAUUUGUCCAGUGCUGGUGGGUUUCCUUCUGCACACCGGCUCGUUAGCCGAGUGGCGACUCGUGUAUCUGAUCCACGCGGCGAUUCUCGUCAUCACAAAUUUGAUCUUCUGCUUUCUGGCAACCGCAAAGCCAGCCACAUGGACUGAUCGAUCAAUUCAAAACGUUUCCAAGCGACGAACACCAGUUUUACAUUUAGCUGCA